AGCUUCGCAACUUUCUCCACUUGUGGCUGUCGACGGUGGACGACAGGACUGUUAAGUUAAGGUUAUGUGCUUUAAAAGAAUAUCUUGACCCCGUGUGAGGGUUCGGUUUUAUAUUUCACUUUUGUGGGACACCUUGAUUAACCAGCCGGCAACAUGAUGCGCUUCCUGCUCCUCUUCAGUCGCCAGGGCAAGUUGCGUUUGCAGAAAUGGUACACGCCCAUGUCUGAUCGGGAGAAAAAGAAGAUCAUCAGGGACAUGACCACAGCCGUGUUGGCACGGCAACCGCGUACCUGUAACUUCCUGCACUGGAAAGACCUGAAGAUUAUUUACAAAAGAUAUGCAAGCUUGUACUUCUGCUUGGCUAUAGAGAACCAUGAGAAUGAGCUGCUUGCUUUGGAGGUCAUUCAUCGCUACGUUGAGCUGUUGGACAGAUACUUUGGCAAUGUGUGCGAGCUCGACAUAAUCUUUAACUUUGAGAAGGCCUAUUUUAUCUUGGACGAGUUCCUCAUGGGAGGGGAAAUCCAGGAAACCUCCAAGCAGAUUGUGAACCGCUCCAUCGAAGCCUCAGACAUGUUGCAGGAGGAUGGCAGCAAUGAUUGGUAUGAGGUGGAGCUGUUUGGACCUUGAAUAUGGACAGACAGACAAUGGAGGAGUAUAUGAGCAAGCCGGCAUUUUGACACAAGGGGCAACGUAAGCAAAGGACC